AUGCCGUUGGUGAGGUUCAAGAUACGGAACGAGCUAAGCCUGGGUGGGCCGGAGCUGAAUCGUAGCGCCGCCGUGGAAUAUGAGGAACCCAAGGCGAUUCUCGGCGCUGUUGAAGUUGCUGGACUCGUCGGAAUCCUUCGUCAGCUAGGCGAUCUCGCCGAAUUUUCCGCAGAAGUAUUUAAUGGGAUACAAGAAGAAGUCACUGUUAUGGCAUCUAGGUGCCAGAAACUGACAAGCCGUGUUAAACGGAUUGAGUCAGCGCUUUCACCUCUUGAAAAGGCUGUUCUGUCACAGACGAGCCACAUCCAUUUUGCAUACACUGCAGGCUGUGAGUGGCAUCCUCGUAUAAAGAAUGGACAAAGGCAUUUUGUUCAGAGUGAUUUGCCACUUUGUGUUAUGGAAACAUAUGAACAAUGCAGAGAUCCUCCUCCUUUGCAUCUGCUUGACAGAUUUGAUGUAGGUGGUCCCGGAUCGUGUCUUAGAAAAUACUCAGAUCCAACAUUCUUUAGGAGGGAAAUAAGCAACACCAAUAAAGCAGAUGAUACUAAGGGCCAGAGAGAUCAGGCUCACCGCAAAAGAAAGAAAAAGAGGUUACCACAAAGAAACAUUUGCAGAUCACGUGCAGUGUCUACGUCCGAUGAAACUAAUGGGGCUCGUCUCAGUUCUCUAACCGAUGACAAACAGACCACUUCUCAGAGUACAUCCACAGUUGACAUGCCACGUAGCUCUAAUAUGCAGGACUUAUCUGAUGUUGUAGACCAAUCUCAUCUGCAAGGGCAGUCAGAUGCGCAAGAAGGAAGUGAAGCACAAGUACAAUCAGAUCUCCGAGAGUCAUCAAAACCUAGAGAUUCUAUAAAUGGUUCAGGUUAUAUUGAGUAUGUCAUCAAUCAGAGUCCUGUUAAUAAGCCUGAAGUGAAGCGAGUAGAGGGAUUUCUGUCUGGUUCCUCACAACCUGCUGAUAGAAUAGGUUCAGCUGUUCCUGAAGGCUGCAUUGAAGUUGUAGAUGAUAACAUCCUUUAUAGCCCCUCAGAAGACAUACAUGUGCCUUGUGCUUCCAUUGUUUGUGAUGAGAAGAAGGAAACAAUUGAAACGAGAAUUGAGGAAAGUAACAAAGACGAAGAUGCGUCAGAGAUACAUGAGUCCAAAUUUGGUCCAGUCACACCAGACAGAGUGAGGCAAAAUCAAAGGGACUUUGAUAGGACUUAUGAUUUUUUCGACGAGAUUGAUAUUCUGAGAGAACAACAAAGUAAGAACCAGGCCAAGAGUAUUGAUGUAAAACCAGGGGUUGAGAACGAAGUAGAAAACAAGAGUGAACAAGGGAGUGAAGCAGAUGAGUUUGUGGAUGCACGUAAUACCAUUGAAUCAGAAUCAGAGAGUGAGGUUGAAGGAGUGCCUAAACCGAAACCGGAGCAUUAUUUUGGAGAUAUCAGCACUUAUUGUUCAGAAGAUGCUAACAGUGACAACAAUGAAGGUUCAGAAGAUAUACCAUAUGAACAAAUGGGAGAAGAUCCACACCAUGACAUCUCCAUAGACGAACCUUGUUCAGGUUCCUACCUUCCUCAAGAUGCAAAGGAUGGUUCAGAAGAUAUACCAUAUGAAAAAAUGGUAGAAGAUCCACCCCAUGACAACUCCAUAGACGAAUCUUGUUCAGAUUCGUACCAUCCUGAAGAUGCAAAUGAUGGUUCAGACGAUAUAGCAUAUGAACAAAUGGUAGAAAAUCCACACCAUGACAGCUCCAUAGACGAAUCUUGUUCAGGUUCCUACCUUCCUCAAGUUGCAAAUGUUUCCUGUUGGCUGACAAAUCCGGUGUAUGGGAAAACUCUGUCUCCUGAUGAAAAGCCAAGGGAAUUUGUGGCCAUGUGCCCUUCGCUAUUGGCUGAAGAAACCUUUCCGGAUGCACCAGUUUUGCAAGAACCUGUUGGCGCAAAUUCCUAUUUGGCAGGAGACUGUGCUAAUGACAAUAUCUCAUCUGAAAAACCUAUGUCCCCAGGCCCGUCUCCGAAAGAUGCAAUUCCUGCUGAAAAGACUUUGCCAGAAGAACAUUUGGCCAACUAUUCAUCUCUUGCAGAAGCCGUUCCCCAUGAAAAGAUCUUGGCAGGACAGUCUGUUGCCAACUAUUCGUCUUCUGCAGAUAUUGUCCCCCAUGAAAAGAUCUUGCCUGAAAACUCUCUUCCCAAAAUUCCGUCUUUGGUGAAAUCUGUGCCUGACAAUAUGACCCUGGCAGAAGAACCUGAAGCUGCUCAUCCAUCUUUUCCCAAAGCUGUUCAAGACAAAAAAAAAUCACCAGAAGUUUUUGUUUCGAAAAAUUUGUCUGCGCCAGAAGCUGUUUCACAAGAGAAAGUCUCACUUGAAGAAUAUGUUGGCAUAAAUUCGUGCUUAGCAGAAGCUACUUCUGAUGAAAGGUGCUCACCAGAAAAACCUGUUACUACAUAUCUGUCUUUGACAAAAACCGUGGCCAAUGAAAAGGUCUUGCCAAAGGAGCUUUCGGAAACAUAUCCUUCUUUGGCAGAAUUGCCUGAAGAAAAUAAUUCGCAUGAAGAAACUGAUGAUACCACACAUUCAGCUGCCACAAAUUCAGCUGAAGCUGUUGCUGAUGAAAAAAUCGCACUAGAAGAUUCUGAUUACACAAGUGUGUCUUUGGAAGAAGCUAUUCCACAAGAGCAAAACUCACUUGAAGAAUUUGCUGUAAAUCCCUGCUUGGAAGAAGCUGUUGUUGAUGAAAGAUUCUUGCCAGAAGAUGAUGUCACCACAUGUCUCUCUUUGACAAAACCUGCGGCAGUUGAAGAAGUCUUACCAGAAAAACCUUUGGAAAAGUAUCCUUCUUUGGCAGAAUUGCCUCAAGAAAAGAUUUUGCAUGAAGAUGCUGAUGCUGCCACACAUCCAUCUCUUUCUGAAGCUGGUAGUGAUGAACAUUCACCAGAUGUUCUUGAUUCCACAAAUUUGCAUGUAGCAGGAGCUGUUCCACAAGUGCAGGUCUUACCUGAGGAAUUUGUUGGAAUAGAUCCAUGUUUGGCAGAAGCUGUUCCUGAUAAGAGGGUUUUGCCAGAAGAACCCAUCAUGUCUUUAACAAAACCGGUGCCUAUCGAAGAAGUCUUGUCGGAGGAACCUACAGAAGCGUAUGGUUCUUUGGAAAAAUUACCUAAAGAUAAGAUCUCACAAGAAAAAUCUGAUAAUGCCACAUAUCCAUCUUGUGCCAAUGCUGAAAGUUUCUCACCAGAAGCUCUUGAUUCUACAGAUUUGCUGGUGGCAGAAGCUAUUCCACAAGAGCAAAUCACGCUUGAAGAAUUUAUUGGCAUAGAUCCGUGUUUGGCAGAAGUUGUUCAUGAUGAAAAGGUUUUGCCAAAAGAACCAGUCACCACAUGUCUGUCUUUGAGAAAAGCUGCGCCCAUCGAACAAACCUUGUCUGACGAACCUUUGGAAGUGUAUUCAUCUUUGGAAGAACUACCAGAAGAAAAUAUCUCUCCACUAGAAGAUCCUGAUGAUGCUAUACAUCCAUCUCUUUCUGUUGCUGUUGAUGAUGAAAAGAUCUCGCCACUAGAAGGUCCUGAUUCCAUAUAUACAUCAUUGGAAGAAUCUGUUCCGACUGAGAAAACCUCACAUGAAGAACUUGUUGGCACAAAUCCGUUUUUGGAAUUGGUUGUUCCCACCGAAAUGAGUUUUCCAGAAGAACCUGGUGUCACAUAUCAAUCUUCAGCAGAAGUUGUUUCUGAGGAAACGAACUUGCCAGAAGAACCCUUACCUAUAUAUCUGUCUUUGGCAGAAGCUGUACCUGAUGAAAAGAUUUCACUAGAUGAACCUGAUGCCACAUGUCCAACUUCUGAAGAAGCUGUUCCUGAUGAAAAGAUCUCAGGCUCAGAAGCUCCUGGCUCUACUGGUCCACACAACCCUGAAGUACCUGUUACCCCAGAUCUGUCCUUGGCCGAAUCUAUUUUUGAUGAAAAGAUCCCAGGCUCAGAAGCUCCUGGUUCCACGAGAGAAACUAGUCCGCACAACAAAACCUUCCUUGAAGAACCUGUUCCCAGGGAUUUGUACUUGGCCGAAGAUGUUUUUGAUGCAGAGAUCCCAGUCUCAGAAUCUCCUGGUUCCACAACCAAAACUGGUCCGCAAAACGAAACCAUCCCUGCAGAACCUGUUGUCAUGGAUCUUUCCUUGGCCAAAGACGUUCUUGAUGAAAAGAUCCCAGACUCAAAAGCUCCCUGCUCCACUACAGAAUCUGGUCACAACGAAACCUUCCCUGAAGUAUCUGUUGCCACGGAUCUUUCCUUGGCCAAUGAUGUUUUUGAUGAAAAUAUCCCAGGCUCAGAAACUCCCUCUUCCACAGCAGAAACUGAUCUACACAACAAAACCUUCCUUGGCGAACCUGCUGUCACGGAUCUGUCCUUGGCAGAAACUGUUCCCGACGACACUAAUCUCCCAAAUGAAUCUGCUGCUACAUAUCUGGAUUUCACGGAAGGUAUUCCCGACCAAAAAGUAUUUUUGGACGAUGCCGCAUUUUUAUCUUUUGCAGAAGCUAUUUUCGAUCAAAAGUUCUCACCAGAAGUUCCAGAUUCGGUGACGGUUUCUCCAGAUACUCAGGAAUCUCUGUCAAAUGGUACAGUUGUUGAACCAGUAAGUAUAUGGAGCAAUGGGGGACUCCUUGGACUUGCGCCAUUGAAACCUCCAGUUUUUGCUGAGCCUAAUUCUGUAAGCGAGCAUAUACAGAACGAGACCAACGGAGCUAGUAAGAGGCCAGAAUCAUCAGGCAGACCAGUUGAAGUUACAGAGAAGAGCUCACUUUCUUUAGCUGUUUCAGAUCCCACCACCACUCAGCAACAAAGCAGCAACAUGUUGAGUCAUUCUAAUGGAUCUCACUCUCACCUGCAGAGCACGCCAACAUCAUUCAAAGUCUUUGGGUUAAGUCAUAGAUUACUCAUGGCUGGGUUUCGUGGAAACUCUUCUUCAACUUGCAAAUUUGAAUCCAUACCUACUACAAGCUAUGAUACCAGAGUAACAGCUAUUGAAGACAUGACUCAACAAACUCAUCGUGUCUCGAGCUUUGAGGAGCGAUUGGAUUAUGAAUCAUCUCUCUUUGGCUCGCCUACUUCAUCACCACCGGUUGAACAUAUGAAAAUAUCAUUCAAGCCAACAGAUGCCUCUGCAGUUUCCAAACUGAAACUGAGAAUCCCAUGCCAAACUCAGCACAACGGUGAAAAUGCGGAUAUGUUCCCUUCGUUUCAGUUGGUUCCAGAGGCUAGCAACUCGGAUGACGACGACGACAGCAGCGAUAUCUUUUGUCAGUCAUCUCGUGGUGUUUCAGACAACUGUUUGUCGGAUUCUGAGCUGUGGGAAUCUGAUGAAAGCCCUAGAAAGUCUGUAUCAAGCUUGGAGCAAGGUGGAAAGAGAAAUACCCAUGGCGAUAUGGUUCCUUUUUCUGGCUCGUUUCUUGAUCUUCCGUGUUUCGACUCUGUUGAUCAUCAAUCCACAUCUUCAAGACUAGAGCAAGAUCAAGAACAAGAGCAAGAACAAGAACAAGUUCCAGAUUAUAAACCAUCUGUUUCAGAGAUCAUUCGUCAUUGGCCACCAAACAAACCAAAAUCCAGUUCCAGUAAUGAAGCAAACGCUGUUCUGAACAAAACGCAAAAUCAAUCCGGCGGGCUGUAG